CCUAUGCCUUCCAAAUCUGUCGUGUUGAGUCAAGAUGAGCUGCGCAAAAGGCUGUACCAGACGUUUAAGGAUCGAGGUAUCCUGGACACGCUCAAGACACAACUUCGAAACCAGCUUAUUCAUGAAUUGAUGCGGCCUGUUUUGAGUGGCGAGCUGAAGCCCCAGUCAAUUCCAGUGGAAGGGAGCGCCCUCUUAAUAGGCGCUUCCAACUCUUUGGUGGCGAAUCACUUACAAAGAUGUGGCUACGAGUAUUCACUUUCUGUUUUCUAUCCAGAAAGCGGUUUAGCUAAAGAAAAGGUGUUUUCUAUGCAGGAUAUGUUACAACUCAUUAAAAUUCACCCUGCGUCCAGUCUCUACAAAUCACUGAUUUCCGGAUUUGAACAAGAAAACCAAAAAGGAUUCCUUUUGCAGUUUUUGAAAGAGAUGGUAGACUACCACCAGCCUAAAGAGAGUUGUGAUGUGGAAACUCAGACAAGCCCAGCAUUUCCCAACAGAGAUUCUCUUGCUGAGAAGCUUCGACUUAUUGAUGACCAGUUUGCAGAUGCUCGUUCUCAGCGUCCUAAGUUAGACUCUUUAGAAAGAAAGCUAAAUGAAUAUAAGCGAGAAAUGGAACAGCAACUUCGGGCAGAAAUGGUUCAGAAGUUGAAGUACUUUAAAGACACAGAACUCGCAAAGGUUAAAAUGGAAGAGAGAAGAAAAUAUGAGAAGGAGUUGGCUGCAUUCCAGAAUGAUUUUGAGAGAGCUUGUCAAGCAAAAUCUGAUGCACUCAUUGCUCGGGAAAAGAGCACCCUUGAGCGGAUUCAGAAGCAUCAGGAGAUUGAAACGAAAGAAAUUUAUGCCCAAAGGCAAGUUCUGCUAAAGGAUAUAGACCUGCUAAGAGGCAGAGAAGCUGAGCUGAAGCAAAGAAUUGAAGCUUUCGAAUUGUCCCAGAAGCUACAAGAAGAGCAAACUAAAAGCGUAGACGAUGCUCUGAGGAGACGGGAGCUGAAUCUACAGACGCUAGAGGAGACUUACGAGCAAAAGCUCAGGACUGAACUGCUCAAGUACCAACUUGAACUGAAGGAUGACUACAUCUCUAGAACAAACAGACUGGUUGAAGAUGAAAGAAAAAAUAAAGAAAAAGCUCUGCAUUUGCAAGAAGAGCUCGCAUUUAUUAAUUCCAAAAAGCAAGAACUCAGUCAGUCUGGAAACCGUGUGAGAGAACUUGAGCUGGAGUUAGAAUCUCUUAAAGCCCAGUCUUUGGCAUUAACUAAACAGAACCACGUGCUGAGCGGAAAACUAAAAGAAAUGAGUGAUUACCUGCAGCUGAAAGAAAAGACCUUGGAGCUGCAGGCACAAAACACAUUGCUUAAACAGCAACUGGAGGAGUGUCGAAAUGAAAACGUGCAUCUCCUUAGCCGCAUAGCUCAGCCAUCUCCUGAGCUUGUGGUGUUUCAGAAAGAAUUAAUGAAAGCCGAGAAUGCUAUAGCACUUGAGCACAAGGAGUUUCAAACUCAAAAACAAAUGCUGGAGAAACGUCUGGAGAGUGAGAUGGCGCAUUCUGCACAGCUGAAGGCCCAGUUAUUAGAUUACGGGAUGUCGGUAAAGAGAUUGACAACACAGGUUGCUGAUUUAAAACUCCAACUGAAGCAAACCCAGACAGCGCUACAGAAUGAAGUGUACCGCAACCCAAAGCCCUCUCUGGUCGAGCACACCAUUGGUGGAUUCUUAGGUGGCAGGAUGGUGCCUCACGAUGGUGAUACAAGUGGGGAUUUCCUGAAGAAUCCUCUGGAACAGGACAAAAGUCUGUCAGUUGCGGUAACACCAAGGGUCACCAGUAAUCCGAAUGGCAGUUCCCCCGACUCGGAUCUCGAGUUUGUAGCCAAUACUAAAGCCAGGGUCAGAGAGCUAGAGCAAGAGGCCGAGCGCUUGGAAAAAGCUUUCCAAAGUUACCACCGGAGAGUCACACAGAAACCGGUCACAGGCCUGCUAACAGCCAAGAGCCCGCUGCCCCUGCAAUGGCUGGGGACUUUAAAGCAUGUCACUUGUAGGUCCCCAGAAAGAGCUGUAUUUGCAGAGGACAGAAUUGUUUCUGAGCCGCCCCAGGAAAAGAGUGAGGAGUCCCAGGUGCUGACUGGCAGUGCAGCGUCCCCAAGACGCCUCUCCUCCACGCCCCUGUCUACGACAAAGCGGAGCCUCCACCAUGAGAUGUACCUGGAAGGUCUGGCCAGACCCCACAUCGCUUCCCCCAGUGCCUGUCGUGACAGAACGCCCCGGACCUCGCCUGCUGAGCUCUUUCUGGGGACCGUAUCCAGCGCGUCCCUUUCCAGUCCUCCGGAACAGAAGGCGCGUCUUUCUCCAAAACAAGCUGAACUUCAAGACAGAAGUGAAUUGUUAAAUCCAGACAAGCUAACGGCUAACAAUAAUGAGGAAGUUGACUCAGCUUUUGAAUGUGAAGACAUGCCAAAGGUGUCUGAAAUGGAUGGACUACUUCCAGCAGGAGAUAAUGCCCUGCCCAGCAGGCGCCUCGCCCAUCACUACCCAGAUUUAGAUUUAGCUCAGAAACCAAUGGGAGAACCCAAGGAAGAACCAAGCAUGUGGGAAGCGUGCACAGGAGAGCCAAGGCAGAACGAAGCAAGAAGGCAGAGUGAAGUUUUAGAAAGGCAGCUGAGAGGACUAGAUCAGCUGGAUCAAGAAAGGAGGAUGAUUGAGGAAUCGUUGAAGAUUGAAAUGCAGGAAGAAUUAGAAACAAGUGUGCAAGACAGUACGGCUCAGUCUGCUGGCAGUGAGAAUCCUUUAGAGAAGUACAUGAAGGUCAUCCAGGAGGGCCAAGAGCAGCGCUCCUCAGACAGGAGCUCCAAGAGGAUCAUCAUCAGAGAAGGCUCCCAGUUGGACACACUGCCAUCUAGUGACCAAGAGGACAGUCUCCCAGGCCUCAUGUUUAAUGAAGAAGUAGAUGACUUUUGGUGA